AUGAACCGCAGUGCCAGCAACGCCACAGGAGACGGAGGGUCCUCAGAGAGCACUGGUGGACUUUGGGUGACGUCCCUGCUUGGCGCCACACUGCUGGUCAUGUGGGUCUCGGGCGUGGCGGGCAACGCAUACACGCUGGUCAUCACGAGGUCGGCUGCGCUGCGCCGCACGGGCUCCGUGUACGUCUACAUCGGCAACCUGGCUCUGGCCGACCUGCUCUACCUGUCCACCAUCCCCUUCGUGGUGUGCACCUACUUUGCCCACGACUGGCUCUUUGGCGACGUGGGCUGCCGCGUCCUGCUGAGCCUGGACCUCCUCACCAUGCACGCCAGCAUCUUCACCCUGGUAGCCAUGAGUCUGGAGCGCUACCGUGCCGUGGCCAGGCCCUUCAGCGCCCGCGACUCUUCCACGCGCAGGCGGAAACUGGUGGCGGCGGCCAUCUGGGCCACAGCCUUCACGCUCACGCUUCCCAUGAUGGUGAUGAUCCGACUCCGGGAGGGCAAGGCUUCUCCAUCCGGCGUGAUCAAGCGAAUGUGCUUCCCGACUUGGACCCUGGAGGCCUUUAAGGCCUACGUCACUGUCCUCUUCCUGACGAGUGUUCUCGUCCCUGGGCUGGUCAUCGUCGGACUCUACGUGGGCCUCGCCAGGCGCUACUGGGCGGCACAGGCCAGGCUGGUGGGAAGCGGCGGCUCAGCCAGAAGACGAGGGCUCAAACAACGCGUCGUCUCCAUGAUCUUCAGCAUCGUGGUGGCCUACUGGGCGUGUUUCUUGCCUUUCUGGGCGUGGCAGCUGGCCCAGCUCUUCUCUGCGGAGUCCCUCAAGGCGCUGUCCUCGUCCACACACAAUUACAUCAAUUUCUUUGUCACUUGCCUCACGUACAGCAACAGCUGCAUCAACCCUUUCCUAUACACGCUCCUCACACGGAACUACAAAGACUACCUGGCCCAGAAAGGUCAGCUGGUCACCUCUGGCAGGACCGAGCCCGUUUCAGCUGUAAGCCCGCCCCCGAGAACAUGUAGUCCAGGUGGAACUCUUGACUGA